AUGAGGAAUAUUGGAAAUCAACCUACAAUAACUGAAUUAAUUGAAAAUACAGUAUUACAUAUUUCAAAGUUUUCCUGGAAAACUAGUGAAGGGAAAAUUUUGAAACUUUUUGCAUGUAGAGAGGAAGGUGAAAAGCUCAUUUUCCCAAAAUUUCAAAAUUUUCUAGUGGAAAACAGCAACAUGAAAAAUCUUGGAAAUCAACCUACACAAACUGAAUUAGUUGAAAAUACAGUCUCACACAUUUCAAGGUUUUUCUGGAAAACUAGUGAAGGGAAAAUUUUGAAACUUUUUGCAUGUUAAGAGGAAGGUGAGAAGCUCAUUUUCCCAAAAUUUCAAAUUUUUCCAGUGGAAAAUAACAACAUAAGGAAUAUUGGAAAUCAACCUACAAAAACUGAAUUAGUUGAAAAUACAGUCUCACACAUUUCAAAGUUUUCCUGGAAAACUAGUAAAGGGAAAAUUUUGAAACUUUUUGCAUGUAAAGAGGAAGGUGAG